AUGCAGGGUUAUUCCAACAGAAUGUCUGACCUGGAGAACGCAAUGGUCACAAUUAUUGAGACUUUUCACAAAUACAGCGGGAGAGAAGGGGAUAAGCUGAAGUUGAAGAAGGUGGAACUGAAGGAGCUCAUUAACAAUGAGCUCUCCAACUUCAUUGGUGACAUUAAAGACCAAGAGACCCUGGACAAGUUGAUGGAAAGCCUCGAUAGUGACGGUGAUGCUGAGUGUGAUUUUCAGGAGUUUGUUGCUUUCGUUGCUAUGACCACCGCAGCUUGUCAUGAGUUCUUUUUCCCAGAGGAUGAGUAAAUGGACUAUAUGACUGCACAAUGGCACUGGAAGCAAAUCUCAGAGCAGGGUACUGCCUAUUAGACACUGCAGAAGUAAUAAGCAGUUCCAGGCAAGCACACCGUUUUGCAAACUAACCUUCACCUCUGUGUAGAUGUGAAGAAGCCCAUUACGCUGCAUAAUGCACAGGGUUUCAGCUCCAGGUACUGAUGAACAGCACUAAUUUGGAAAGCAAUGUAACACAAGCGAGGCUGACGAAAAUUGUGUAAUGCCAAAAGUUGUUUAAUCACGUAAAGAAUUAACAA